GUGGGAGUGUUCCUGCGUGAAGUGUCAUCCGCCCGAAAAAAAUGAGUUUCUCUAUUUCCUAGUUGAUUUCGGGAACAGAAGCUUAACAAUAACUAAAAAAUGGAUGUCGGUGAAGCAGAGUCUGAGGCUAUUGCCAGAGCCUCCCUUCUCGUGGCAAAUAUGCUCCAGCGGCCAGACCAGUUGCAAAAGGUCGACCAGUAUAGGAGACGAGUCCAGAGGAAGAAGGCAUCUGUUGAGGCCAUGUUGAAGACUGCCAUGCAAAGCCAGCUUGAUGGAGUCCGUACUGGUUUAGGACAACUACAGGCAGCCCUGACAGACCUCAAAGAGAUAAAGACAGGGAUGGCUGAAAUAGAGACAAGCUUAGUUCGUGUACCUGAACUGAGCAAUCAGCUUUAUGAAUGCCGAGAGGAGUAUGUCAGGUACUCGCAAUAUUUGGCUGCCAUGGAAAACCUCAAACAUAUCUUCACUGUGCCAGAGUCUGUUGAGAAAACCUAUAAAUGGAUUAAUGAUGGGAAGCUAUUGUAUGCUCAUCAGUGCCUAAUGGACUUGGAGAAUAGCAGAGAUGAGUUGCUAUUUGAACUGCACAAACUCCCUCAUCAGAAUCCAAAUGAUACGCGUGUCCUGAAAGAGUCAUUUGCUGAUGUGCAGAAGCUCUCAGAUGAUCUUGGGAAACAAGUCUGGAUUAUCCUGCAGCGUACACUAAACACUGUCAGAAAGGAACCUACCCAGAUUGUUACUGCACUGAGAAUUGUUGAACGUGAGGAAAUGACUGAUCAGUCGGCUUUGCAGCGCCAGAAGGGAUCAGGGUUCUUGCCUCCCCGGCGCCCAAAGAAGUGGCGGGAGAAGGCAUUUGCAGUCUUGGAGAGUUCUGCAGCGCAGCGUAUUGAGGGAGGACAGUUUGAGGACAGAGAGACAAGUAAAAAUUGGUUGAUUAAGCAUCUGGAGGUUAUUCGCCUCCUCUUAUUAGAGGACAUGAAAGUCAUCAAGUCACUGUGUGUACCAUGCUUCCCUCCACACUACGACAUUGUCAACAGAUACGUUCAGAUGUACCAUAAGAGCUUGUCUAACCACCUGGUGGAGAUAGUCGAAAGAGGCCUAGAGGAUAAUGAAUAUGUGACCCUCCUGUCUUGGGUGCUCAAUGUAUACGGCGGGAAGGAACUCAUGUCUCAUCCCCAGCUGAAUAUCAAUGUGGUAAAACUGGGGCCUCUACUGGAGAAUAAAGUACUAGAAGACCUCAUAUCAAAGUACCUACAGAAUGUCAACAACAACUAUGACUCUUGGAUGGGUCGAGCCCUAGAGUUGGAGGAGAAGGAAUGGUACCGUGACGAACCACCUCAGCAAGAUUCUGAGUCUCAUUAUAAGACGGAACUUCCACAGCUGAUUCAUGACAUGAUCCGUCAGAACCUGGAAGUAGCUGGUACCAUAAGUCCUGAGGUGCAAGUUCAAGUCCUGAUAUCAAGCUUGGUGCAAGUUCGUCUCUUUGCAGCCAAAUUCCAGACAGCGGUGACAAGAUACAAGGACACCUAUUACAAUGACAGAUCAAAGAUCCAAUACUUCACAACCUAUAACAUUGCUCUGGCCAAUGGCUGUCAGGGAUUAGUUGGCGUGAUGCUUGAUAUUAAGUCUCAGUUUUGGAAGCCAGGGGGAUCGACUCAGACUGAUGCAAAAAUAGCCACAGAAUUUGAUGCUCUGCUGACCGUGUACCAGCGCUUGAGAGAGCUCUUGUGCGAUCAUCUACUUGAAGAGGCAUUGGUCGACCUUCAGGAACAGUUUAAUACCCUGUUGACUCCACGCUGGCUUAACAACACCGAGCCCAUGGACACCAUCUGCCUCACACUCUCUGAUUAUUUCACAGAUUACCAGCACCUGUACCAGAAGAACUUUGAUCAUGUGGUUCAGAUAGCUCUGAAUACUGUUGCAAUGCGCUACACAACUGCCAUUUUGCAAAAGAGAAUAUCGCUGAAGAUUCAGGAGGAUCGUAAGAUGGUUGCUGACAGAAUAAUAGGAGAAGCAGCAAAGCUGUCUAGUGUAUUUGAGCAAGCGGCCCCAGACCUAGCCAAGUUUGACUCACCAUGCGAGGUCAUGAAGAGCUUAGCAGAAGUCAUAAAAGUUUCAGAUGUGGAAUUCCUCGGACUUGAGCUGCAUAGGCUGUUAAGGAGGUACCCCGAUAUGACAAGCGACCAUCUCACUGCCCUAUUACUGCUGCGUGGGGACUUGGGCCGUCUGGAUGUGAGACAACGCGUUGCUGAGAUCAUGGAGGAAAUGAGGACGCAGAGAACAGGACCUGCCCCUAAGAGCAUCUUCUCCCACAUUGUCAUUUCCACGUCGCUGUUCACUUAGGAGAGCAUUGCGUUGUACUAUUUAUUGGCAUAAACAAUAUGAAUGUUUUAUUCAGGCAGAUGUAACUGUUUUCUGUUGUUGUUUUUCUGAGUGUCAUAGACACAGAAAAAAGAUGAUUAUAGGUUGUUUUAAAUUUCUGUGUUGUUAGGCUUUCAGUAGAAUUAUAUUAUUUUUCUUUUUGGUUAUAAUUCACUUAUGUAAGAUUUCACAUUUAGCCAAAGGAGAUAAUUCCCAAGUGGUAUUGUUAUAAGAAAUGUGCACUAUAUAUAUAUAUAUCAAUAAAAUUAUCAGUAUAUUGAAA